CGCCAAGACCGCAUCCAGAAGGAGCAUGAACCGGCACGCGCUGGCUGAGGCCACGAGUCUCCAUGAUGCACCAGUUCCUGUCUACCUCAUGGAGGAGAUUGCCAACUCAACGAAGGCCAGCGACCGCGACGCAGAGAAGGCAGCUGACUAUAUGCUGGGGAGACUCAACAAGAGCAAUUUAAAUGUCAAACUCAAGGCGCUGCAGAUCAUCUCGUAUUGCAUUCGGGAAGGCAGUCCCGCUUUCACAGAGGCUAUCAGAGACGAGGAGCAGGAAAUCUCGGCCUAUUUGCAGUUUUCGGGGCCUCCGGAUCCGGUGUAUGGCGAUGAAAAGUACCGUCGCAUUCGAGUCGCAUCGCAGGAAGCGCUAGUGUGUUUGAACGACGGAUUCCUGUCGCGUCGGAACGAGGGGCCACCUCAGCAGCAGCCUCCUUUGCAAGAACAACCUCCUCAGGAUGGUACAAACACUUGGCAGGCACCGCAGGGAGAUAGUGCGCCGUCGUAUGGCAAUAGCAAUCCAGGAUAUAACCAGGGAGGUCAGCCGGAACGUCAACACUCGAAUGUUGGUGGGUCGUGGGGACAACCACAGGCUUCGAGUCGUCCUGCUCCGUACCAAGAUAACCCUUCAGCAAGCUACAACGGCACGUCUGGUGGUGGCUACAAUGGUCAAUCAGGAGGUUACAAUGCUCCGUCGGGAGGUUACAAUGGUCAAUCUGGAGGUUACAAUGGUCCUUCUGGGGGGUACAAUGGCGCUUCCGGUAACAGUAGCUACGGGGGUAAUAGCAGCUAUGGACAGAGUGCCGGUAACUCGGGCGGAUUCGGCUACAACCAGAACGGACCACAGGGUGGAUAUGGCCAGAAUGCGCCACCGCAACAGCAACAUGCUAGUGGCUUUAACUCGUGGUCAUCCUCGUCGGGUACUGGCUUAGCUUCGAAGACCGCGGGCGCAGGUGUCUGGAGCAGUUCAGGUUAUCAGAAGAAGGACCCUGCGAUGGAAAACGAACCGCGCUACAACCCGUCCACGAGGCGUGACAACCGCCCCACGGUCUUGGUGGGUCAUGCUCUUAACUUUCCCAAGCCAGCAGGUGGAUUUGGCAGUAGCAACACCGGUGCGACGUCAGGUCUAGGUGGGUUUAACAGUGGCACGUACAACCCGAAUGCUGUCCGAGGUGCUAGCGGUGGUGCUGGAAACUCAUACAAUCCGAAUCCUAUGGGAGGCAGUGCACGAGGAAGCUUUGGCGGUUCCCAGUCUGGUGGCCCUCCGUCUUACAUGGACAACACUAACCGAAUGAUCAGUGCCAAUACCCACCGCAUCGGAAGCAUGGGUCUUCCCGUCAAUGGACAGCCGCUUAGUGAUGCACCGACCACAGCUCUGGGUAAGAAGGCCGAAGUAUUGAAAAAGAUGGGAACGGCUGCGUUAGAGAAGUGGGAUCGUCGUAAUAUGGACAAGUCGAUGGCGUCGUCUUUGGCUGAUAACGACGAGUUGCGUGCCGGCCCGCAGGUAAUUGACCACGGCUACUACCAGCCAAACGCGCAACAGGGUACCGGCGGAGGUGACACCAGCAGGGACUAUGAGCGCACGAUGAUUGAUAGUUUGUGUGCACCCGCGGGGCUCUCACGCGCGCCGCCUGCGGAUGGACUGAAGCGCUUCGUUGACCUUGCGCAGACUUUAGAUGCACAGAGUAUUGGCGACAUCUUGCUUGACAAACUGGAGGAUGAAACUUGGCAGGUUCGUUUGAAAGGUCUGCACGUGGUCCUGGCACUGCUGGGCUCCCCGGGUGCUGCGCCAUAUCAAGAGUUCUUUGAAGAGAACGUCGAAGUCGUCGAGGAGCUACGAAAGGAUGCGAAGCCUAGCGUAGUAUCCAAAGCCUUACAUGUUUUACGUGCGCUUGGCUACGCUGACGAAGCGGACCAAGCCCCCCAGCCAACCACCAAACGUUCAAGCUCAGUGCGAGCACAGCGUGGGAGCCCCCAGAAGCCUCAUCAAGAAGUGGACCUCCUUGGAUUUGGCUCACUUAGUCUCGAGUCAUCCGCUGGCCCACCCGCUCAAGGAAUUCAGGCUACUGCUGAUCUUCUAGGCUCUCCAGUCCGUAUGCAGCCCCCACCAGCCCCAGCACCGCAGCAAGAAAUUUCGCUGCUGGACGGUUUUGACACACUAGGAAGCUCUACGUCGUCAAACCCAUCGUACACUCCGCAGCCACCGCAGCAACAGCAAUAUUACCAGCAACCGCCGCAGGAUGAGCACAACAAGGCGUUGGGCCACUUUGGAAAGGAUCUAUUCGCAAUUGCUAACUCUCCGCGCAAUGCAAACAUGGCUACAGGGACAGCACCUCCUAGUGUUGAUGGUGCGCGCCUCAGUGGUGGACAGUCGGCAUUCAACUUCAUGUAG